AUGGGUCAGUUAUUCUCUGAUACAUCUAAGGAUGAAGACAGUGGAGAUUUGGAGUCCAGCUUCAUUGCAUAUUUUAAGAAGAUUAAAACAGAAAACAAAAUAAUUUCUCAGGAAACCACCUGUUUAAUACAAUUUCAUCUGAAAAGAGGAAACAUUCAGGGGGCACACUCUGUAAUCAGUGAUGCAUUAAAAAAUAUUGAUAAUGCCCCAAUCAACAUUGCUGUGACAGGAGAGUCUGGAGCAGGGAAGUCCAGCUUCAUCAAUACCCUGAGGGGGGUUGGACAUGAAGAGGAAGAUGCAGCUGAAGUUGGGGUAGUAGAGACAACUAAGUGGAGAACGCCAUACAAACACCCCAAAUUUAAAACUUUGACUUUAUGGGACCUGCCUGGCAUUGGAACUGUGAACUUUCCACCAAAAGAUUAUUUGGAGAAAGUGGAAUUCCAAGAGUAUGACUUCUUCAUUAUUGUUUCUGCCACACGUUUUACAAAACUUGAACUAGACCUUGCCAAAGCAAUCAGAUUCAUGAAAAAGAAUUACUACUUUGUGAGAACCAAGGUGGACACGGAUUUAGACAAUGAAAAGAAAUCCAAACCACGGACCUUUGACAGAGAAAAGAUCCUGCAGCAGAUCAGAAGCUACUGUGUGAAUACCUUUCAUCAGAAUAGCAUGGAAGCACCAGAGAUUUUCUUGAUUUCUAACAACCAUUUAUCUGACUAUGAUUUUCCAGUUCUGAUGGACACCCUGAUAAAGGAUCUUCCUGCUGAAAAGCGCCACAAUUUUAUGCUUUCUUUGCCUAAUAUCACGGAGGCAGCCAUUGACAGAAAGCGCAACUCUAUGCAGCAGACGAUCUGGUUGGAAGCCUUCAAGUCUGGAAUUUUGGCUACUGUUCCUGUAGUGGGCAUCCUCAGGGAUGAUGUGGAGAGGCUGAAAGAGCAGUUAAACUACUAUCAAGACCUCUUUGGAGUGGAUGAUGAAUCCCUGAAAUUCAUGGCUAAGGAAGUGUCUGUUGAACAACUGAAAGAAAUCAUUAAAUCUCCUUAUUUGUUGGACACUAAGAAAGAAGAAACAUUUGGAGAGACAUUUUUGAAAUAUGUGGAGAAAUUUGCCUCAGCUAAUGGUGGGCUCCUUGCUACAGGUCUUUACUUUAGGAAAGCCUUUUACAUGCACCUACUUUUCCUUGACACAGUGACUGAAGAUGCCAAAGUUCUCCUUAGAGAGAUGUUUAAAAAAAAGAACUAG